CAUUUGAGCAAUCUGAGUGCCAUCUAUUUUUGUCCUAGCUUCUGGGUGAGGGUUGACUACUUACAGAGCUGGCUUGUCGGGCACCACAGUUGGCCUGUAAUGGCUGUUUAGUACAGACUGGUUUGCUGGAUUAUCCAGCCACAGUGACUCUCCUAAUGGACUUGAAUGAGAUCAGAGGAGGCAGACUGGAUGUGAUUGCAGAGGAAGCUGAGCACCAGGAGUUAAGCAGAGAGUUGACCACUAUGGCGGACACGGGAGGGAGGGCGACCCUAGGAGUUUCCACCUUCCAGAGGUUUUCUGUUAACACCAACGAGUCCCUUCGUUUUGAGCCCUGUGAGGACAGCCUUCCAUCUUCCACUGGGGCAGAAGAAGGACUUGAUGACGAUGAUGUGUUUAAAGAGAGAGGAAUCGAGGAUGAGAUCGUCACAAUCAGGAAUCGGUUGCAAGGGAAGGUUGCUGAGAUGGAGAACUUUGCAGGUCAUCUGGAGGAAAUCUUUCUCACUGUGGAGGAGAAUUUUGGCCGUCAGGAGCAGCACUUGGAGCAGCAUUACAACGAUGUGCUCCAGACGUUGUCUCAGCGAUAUGACGAGAGGGCGGCUGGACUGGAGGAGGAGAAGAAGGGCAAGCUGGAGGCCCUGUACAAGCAGCUGCUGGCUUGUGGCCGGGAGAUGGAUGCCUCCAAGGAGCUCAUUGAGACAGCCCAGGAGGUCUACCGCAGCCAAGACAAGAGGCUUUUCCUAAAGGCAGUUAUGCCCACCAUAAAAAGAAUCGAGGAGUUUGCCAAAGAGGAGGUAGACCUCACGUUGUCUACAAGUCUUGAGUUUAACACACCCCUUGCUGACCUGUCAGAUGUCAAAACCAUGAUGGACUCCAUCAACGUUGUUCCAGCUCCAUCUGCCCCGGUGAUCAACCCCCAGAUGCCCAACUCUGCCACCCAGACGUCACUGCGUGUGUGCUGGAGCUUGUUCUCCGACGACACGGUGGAGUACUAUGAGCUGUACUACAGACCGGUGCUGGAGGACACACCGGCAGACAGCGUCUGUGCACCACAUGUAUGCAAGAUCAACGUGAAGGAGACCCAUUGCACUGUGACAGAUCUGCUGGCCAAUGCUCAGUAUGAACUCUGGGUGACUGCUACCAACACCACAGGCAUCAGCCCAGCGAGCGAGAAGGCCUUAUACAUGACGGUGCCGUCGCCUCCAGUGAUCAAGCAGAGGGAGUGUACUAGCUGUCGAGAGGCUGCUCUGAUCCGCUGGGAGUCAGGAAACACCAACCCUGUGGACUCUUACACGGUGGAGCUCAGUGAGAUGGGUACUGAUGGCACAGAGAGCAAUACUACGGAGUCCAUAGUAGCCGUGCCCACCUGUCAGUGUCUGAUCCAGCUGCACACAGGACGCCGUUACCUCAUCACUGUGAGAGCGGUCAACAUCGGCGGGCCCAGCGACAGGAGCGAAGUUAUUCCUGUCUCCACAACAGGUACAUUCUUCUACCUCCUAGAGGACACUGCCCAUCCUUGCCUGUCCAUCUCUGAAGACGGCUUCACCAUUUUUUAUGGAGAUGAGGAGCUGCCGAUAAGCGCUAUGGCCUUAGAUGAUAACACCUUUACCAGAUGUGUAGCUGUCCUGGGGGAUCUGAUCCCGGUGCGAGGCCGGCAUUACUGGGAAGUUGAGGUGGAUGAUGGGACAGAAUUUAGGAUUGGCGUUGCAGCCGAAGACACAGAGAGGAACUCGUACCUCGGCGCCAACACCACCUCCUGGUGUAUGAGACACAUUCUCACCCCGUCCAGGCAUAAAUAUGAGUUCCUGCACAAUGGCUGGAGUCCUGACCUGAGGAUUACAGUAAACCCAGUAAGGAUAGGAGUGGCACUGGACUACGAGAGGGGGACUUUGUCCUUUUUUAAUGUGGAUCUGGAACAGCAUCUACACACCUUUCAAUGUCACUUUCAAAAUUAUGUCCACCCCUGCUUUGGCCUGGACAACCCAGGAGCUCUUACUGUACACAACGACAUAGAGGCUCCCGAGUACACAUUCAUCUGACUCCUGUAAUCUUCUCCAGGGCUGGAA